AUGAAUAAUGAUAUGACAGAACGAAUUUCAUCAUCUAUUAAUUCGAAAUUUUCACCAUCAAUGAUUAUCCCUAAGCGGGAACCAAUAGAAAAUGAUUUCAGUCAAAAUAAUAAACGUCGCUUUGGUGAACAUCUUUCUAAUGAUGCUGAUACAGUUAUGUCAAAUAAACGACAAAUGGCAACCAAGAAAAAUCAACAUAUAGAUCAGAUUCAAUCAAAAUUUAUCAAUGGCAAUAAUGAUGAACAACGUCAAAAACAGACGGAACCCUAUUUAACAUCUAAUAGUCCUAAAAUGAAUAAUCAAAAGACAUCUUUCAAUGGUGGAAUCUCUGACAUUCCAUCAUCACCAUCAAGUACACAACCGAAACCAAGAUUUGUCGAUGGAAAUUCAGAUAAUACAGUGGCUCGACCACAAGUUUCAUCAUCUCCAUUAGGUAUACCUCGGUCAGCUAACCCGUCACGUUUUACGGCUCCUGUGCAUAUCGAUGUUGGCGGUACAAUAUUUACAUCAUCAUUAGAAACAUUAACUUGUUAUCCUGAGAGUCGUCUAUCGAAAUUAUUCAACGGUACAAUACCUAUUGUUUUAGAUACUCUUAAACAACAUUAUUUUAUUGAUCGAGAUGGAAAACUUUUUCGUUACAUAUUAAAUUUUAUGCGUUAUGGUACUUUAGCAUUACCAGAUUAUUUUUCCGAAUUACCAGCUCUACUUGAAGAAGCUCGAUAUUUUGAAUUAAUACCAUUAAUAAAUGCUAUUGAAGAGCGAUUAAAUCAAAAUAAAUUAUCAAAAAAUAUUGAUAGUUUCACAACAAAAAAUAAUAAACAACAAAUAUUAAAUAAUCAUGAUGUAUUCCUGUUGAAUAUAAACCAAGAUCGCGUAUUAAUAAGUGGUAAUAUAACACUUAUACAUGAUUUAUUUCCAGAAAUUCAAGAAGAACAACAACAACAACAAACGACACCCAUACAUGCGCAUGUUGAAAGAAAUCAAUUUAUACGUUUUACUUUAAACGCAUUUAUUCAUUUAACACAAUUGGAAAUCUUCCAACGAUUAUUCGACUCACAAUUUAUUAUUGUUGCAUCAACAUGUGGAACAAGUAUGGAUACAAUGACACAAUUUAGUGAAUAUAUUUUUUCAAGAUCAAAACCAAAUCAAGUGGCAUCAACAUAA